GGAUAAGAAUUGUACAAGACAGCUCUGCAUACUUUAGUGUGGAGUAUCCUGUCGGAAAUGGAAACAGCAGCGCGAGAAUUGCCCCUGGGAUGGCUUACAAUGUCAGGAUCACCUUCAAACCUGCUAACGUCCAAGAUUAUUUUUACAAAAUAACAUUUGUUGCGGAAGAAGAACAGUUCGAGGUGCCAGUAUAUGCUAUUGGAUACAGGCCAAUUCUGAACCUACCAGACGUAGUUGCUUUAAAACCCACUGCAAUAGGGGUAAGAAUGUACAAAGCGCUGGCGUUACAUAAUUUCGGGCAAGCCACUGCUUUCUUUGUUACCCAAUGCAAACCUCCAUUUUCUGUGGAGCCUGAAAGAGGUGUCCUAAAGCCCCAUGCUACAAUGGAAAUCAAAGUUAUAUGUACCCCAAACUGUUUGCGAGGAUAUUUGGAAGAUGAUAUUUUCUUUGUUUGUGAUGAUAUCCGCCUGAAGGUAAAGGUGAGUUGUGAAGUGGUCGAAGCAAACAUCUUCAUGCACGACAGUAAGAUUUCAUUUGGGGAAGUCUUCAUGAAUUUACAAAAACAGGAAAUAGUGAAGAUAACUAAUAAAAGUCCAUAUACUGUUAAUUUUUAUUGGAGCUUGUACAGGUCUAAUGCCAUUGAUGCGUUAGAGAAAAACAGGUUAUCAGGAGCAAUGGAAGGUAUGACAAACCUGAUGAGAACUAGGCACACUAAGUUGGAAUUUAUGAACAUAAUUGAUGCAGAAGGGCAUAACACAGUUAUUGAAGAUCAAUGUAAAAAAGCAAAACAAGAACUUGAUGAAAAAUGGCGAUUUCUUUACAAAAACGAAGUUUUCACUAUUAUUCCCAAUGAGGGUGUCCUGCAUCCAAAUCAAACGCUCGAAUUUAUGGUUGUGUUCAAUCCCAAAAUAAACGACUAUUACAGCAGCUGGGCGUAUUUGGACAUUGGUGGUAAGCCGGAAAGGCUUCCUCUAGCAUUGUCUGGUGUCGGCAAAGGCCCCGUAGUAGUGUUCAACACUAAUACGUUGAAUAUUAGCAAUGUUUAUAUGAAUGCAAGGCAUGAGUACCAGAUCGUAGUUAAAAAUGACAGUCAUAUUCCUGCAACUGUGGUCUUCAGAGGAGGUAAAACAGAAUUUGGUGGUGAUAUCGAAUGCGUACCAACGACUAGAUAUUUAUCUCAUUUUGACAAAUGUAAAUCCUUUGUUAUCAAAUUUUCCUCGUCCGUACAAGGACAAUUUGUAGAAAAAGUACAGUUUACCAUAGAGGAGUCUACCGAAAUCAUACACUUUCUAUUAAUGUAA